CUUACAGGAGGAGGUCAAAGGAUCGAGACUCAGGAGGAGGUACCUACGAAAGUAUAACAAAAUCCAAAAUCUUGAACAAUGCAGGCAAUGACGUGGAAUAAAGUAUUCAACUAAACAACUAAAGCAGCGACGGUUCACGUUGACCGCCUGCCUUGCCUCCCACGUUUCUCCCACCUCAUGGACGGCAACACCAGCAAAUUCCUUUAAAUGCGCUUUAAUUCACUUUACUCUGCCAAGUUCGCUAAGACACAGGCGAAGAAAAGGCUUACAAUUUGAAGUGAGAUCAGAGAAAAGAUGGUGGGGCUUCAAUUAUCGUCUGCUUGGGCUGCUCCAGGGUUUCCUCUCUGUCUUUCUGGAAUGACGAUUUCUUCUCUGGGUUCUAGUUGCCAUCCGCAGUCAAGAUUGCAGCAGGUUUCUCUUGUAGAAUCAGAAAUUGCAUCUAUUGAUUCUGUCUUUUUUAAUAUAAGGUUAUGUGAGAAUGAGGAUCAAAGCACAGCAAGUGCAGGAUCUCUAGGGCAGGAAACCAUCAUAAAAAGGCCUCGACUUGCUCUCACAUUAGAAAUGGUGGAACAUGAACAUAGAAGAGAGGCUAUAAGAAAGCAAAGAUCAAAUGAUAGAAUUGAGUCAAAUAAUUUGGCAGAAGAUACAUCUUUUACCGAUCAAAACAGCAUUUCGCUGCAAGAUGUUAUUAAAACAGUAACAGAGGAUCCUGAUUUAGAGCUUGACAACAGUCACACUUGUGCCAAGGCUGCUUGACAGUUUCAAUGUAAUAUAAUUUAUCAUUCAUAUAAUGUGUAACAUGCAUUGUAAUCAAGCAAAAAGAGGUGUUUCCCUCCAAUGAAAUUCAAUUUCUGUUUUACAUUAA